AUGACUACUGAAGUUGGGGACGAGACUGCUAAAAAAGCCUCUUCACGUAAAAGAAAACAAACUUCCGAAGAAACUACUGUUGAACGUAAGACUAAUCCUAGACCACCGGGAACAUCUAAAAAGGCUAAGACCGAGAAAACCGAUGCUGGUCCCAGUCUUCCUACAUCCAAAAAUUUCUUGGCCCAUGCUCAAGAACUUAAAUUGAAUGGUGAUUCGGUUGAAGAUAUAACACCAACCGAAGAUGAACCAUUGUACACCUUGACCGCCAAGCCUCAUAAAAACGCUACUGGUAGUUACGGAUGGACAGCAAGUGUUCCAAAAGGAAAGAUUAAGGUAGACAUUGAAGGUGAAGAGGUCGAAUUACCUGUUACGAUCAGUUUAAAUAUUACCGUUCAAGGUUCCAAGAAAUAA